AUGCCCCCGCCGAGCGCCCCCGCGCCCGCCGCGCACUGCGCUGCGCCCUGGCCGAAGGCAGCUCCCAAGGUCGCCGGGCCGGGGCCGCUGGCCCCGGGCCCGCUGCGGCCGCCCGCGGAGGAGCGCGGGGGGCCCGAGCCCGCGGGCUGCCCAUGCCCCGCCGCCGCGGAGGGCAUCGUGGUGCCGCCGCCGUCGAGGGAAAAGGUGGACCAGGAAGCGCCAGAGCAAGUCGACGAGCAGAGCAGGCGUGACCACUUCGAGGCGGCGGUGCACGUCGUGCAGCACGAGAUAGGAAGCGCCAAUGAGAUCAGGGACCGCCUCGGCAAGCUAGAGAGCUCGCGCACGGACGAGGGCCUGGAGGUGCUUAUGACCUUCGCGGGGAGGUUGGAGCAGUUGAAGCUGGCGGUCCAGGUCAUGCGCGAGGCAGAAGUCGACAUGCGGCAAGUCGGACCUGCCGGCACGAUUAGAGUGACGAGCCUGGUUGACGUCUGCAGGGCGCUCAAGAAUAGCUCCGACAGGCUGGAGGCAGAGGUGGAAAAGAGGCGCAUCAAGGUACUUGAGUUAGAGAGGUAUCGGAAGCGGCAGGAGGCUCAAGCGCGCUUGGACAGGUUGCUUGCUGAAGUGGCUGAGGCGACGCAGGGUGCCGAGGGAAGACUGGCACUGUACAGGUUCCUCGAGGCAGAGUCCGCCUGGCCCGACAAGGGGGCCGCGCUGGAGGCCGCGGAGCACGCGCUGGAGGAGUGCGCCUCGGCCGCGGAGGUGCUGGCGAGCAAGAGCUGCGAGAUGGGAGAGUCCGUCGAGGCACAGAAGAUGAAGAGAUCUCCCGAGUAUAGCCUCCUCAAGACGAAGGCGGACAGGCAACACCAGGAGGCGCAGGGCAUAGUGAAGCGCGCCAGGGCGGCAAGGGACAGGGCCGACGAAGCUCACAGAGCAGCGGAGACAGUCGACUUGGUAGAGGCCGCCGAGACGUCGGUUACACGGGUUCGCGAGGUCGUCAGGCUCCUCGCCGAUGCAGCAAGCCUCGACAGCGAGCAGCUGGCUGGUGAGCUCUUUGUUGUGCAGAGGGCCGUAGACGAGGCCUCCGCGUCUGUAGGCUCCGCUGAGGCUGCUGUCAACGCUCACCCCCCUGACAAUCUCAAGAAGCGGGUGGCAAUCUCGAGAUCGCUCAUGGACUCGAAGUCGGCCUUGAGGACCCUGGAGAGAGAGGUCUGCCAAGCGCGCGCCCUGGCUGGGCAGAAGGCCGCCACCGAGCAGCAGGAUGCGCAGCAGCGCUCACUAUUCGACGCGUUCGACUCUAACGGCGACGGCUUCUUGAGCAGACGUCGGGCGCCUCGCGGAGCAGCGGCACUCCCACGCGCUGGCGGAGCACCAGGUCAUCGAGGCGAUUCGGCGGUCACGGGCACCAGCGAGCCCGGGUGGCGUACCGUUCGAGAGCUUUGA